UCAUCACCGUUUUAAUUACAUAUCAUGCUAUUGAUUUCAUUAAAUCUGCAUCCACGUGCAAAGUAACACCGGAUAGUACAGCAGCAGUUAAUAACAAGUUUCAACUGCCGGGUAACAUAAGCUACUACUGGAUACUGCAUAUAUUCUCAUACACAGCACUGAUAUGUACUUCCUAUCUCACAAAUUCUCCUUUUCAAUUUGAAUUUAAAUUCUGGAAAAAGGUUUUCUCUCUUCAUUCAUACAAGCAGAUACAUAUAUUCUUUAGUCUUCCCUCUCCCAAUCGAUGGAUGAGUUAGUUUACACAGCGUCUGUAUAUAACUAUUUUGUCCUGCAUGAUUGUUCUAUGAAUUAGUUUAAUUUUAACAAUUUCUCUUUUUCUGAAUUAGUUGUAGCAGUUCGAAGAGGGUUAUCCAGUAUCUGCUGUUGCUGGUUCUACAAACAAACAUGGAAAGGGUGAUGGAGUUCUUUGAACCUGUGACCAAAUAAUCUCGUGGUGCAACUCUUGGAAGUUGGAACUAUAGGAUAAGCGAUGCAGAAGUCAUGCUUACGGAUAGCCGAAUUAUACCAGUCAAUACAAGAAAAGAUGGGCGAGGCUAUUGUUGCUGAUUUGGCUGGCGGAUUGCUCGGCAAGAUUGUUUCACUUGCAGCCGAAGAAGUUGUCCAGGCCUGGAAUUUUCAUGAAGAUCUCGACACACUCCACCAGCGCCUGGAAUUUAUUGAUUUCUUGCGAGUGAGGUGUCGAUAUAUAUGAAUCGAGGGAUUUUGAUUCCGAUAAUUGGUUAGGGAUUUGAUCGAAAAAUUGAAUAAAAAUUAGGAUUUCAUGUAAAUGACUGAGGGAGAGAACCCAAGAUUGGCUCUGCAAAGAAAAUCUAGAUAGGAUGGGAUAUGGAUAAGACAAUUAUUAGGUUGACUGGUUGAGUGGUGGAAAACAAAGAAUGAUCAGCCAAUAUUAAAAUGCAAAACAAAGGUUGAUGUAGCAAUUUGCCACUUGAUUUAGAAACUGUUAUAGCCCAAAUUACAUUUUUAUCAUCUCACCAAAUAUAUCUCAAGAAUUAUACCAGUGAUCAAUACAAGAAAAGAUGGGCGAGGCUAUUGUUGCUGAUUUGGCUAGCGGAUUGCUGGGCAAGCUUGUUUCACUAGCAGCAGAGGAAGUUGUCCAGGCCUGGAAUUUUCAUGAAGAUCUCGACACACUCCACCAGCGCAUGGAAUCAGUCGGGGCUCUCUUGUACGAUGCUCAUACCAAGAAUUUAAUCAUGUCUACUGCCAAAAUCUGGUUUGACAAACUUGAAGCUGUUGCGAAUGUUGCUAAUGUUUUUAUGGAUGAACUUGCAUAUGAAGUCACUCGAAGAAAAGUGGAGAAUGGCCAUAAGUCAUCAGACUUCUUCAUUCCUUCCAAAAAUACUUUACUAUAUCGUCUCAAGGUGGCUCGUAAAAUCAAGUCCAUUCAAGCUUCCUUUGAUAAAAUUUUCAAAAUGGCAGUAGAUCUGGGACUACAGCCUGUGGCUUAUUUAGGGUCAACGGUGCAAGAUAGAGACAUCCGCAGCACCCCUUCCUCUGAAGACAAGUCAAUAAUAGUUGGAAGAGAUAAAGAUGUAUCGUACCUAGUUCAAACAGUGUGCAAAACACAUGAAGAGGAUUUACAAGUCCUUGUUGUAGCGGGAAUGGGAGGUCAAGGCAAGACAACUCUUGCUCGUAUGGUGUUCAACAGUAAUGAUACCAUUCAUAAUUUCCCAGAGAGGAUGUGGGUCACUGUAUCAGAUGAUUUUUAUUACAUCAAGAUUUUAAAUGAAAUGAUAGAAUCACUUACCUCAACGAACUUGGGAUUGAAAAAUCCCCAAGGACUGACCAAUGAGCUUCAAAAAAGUCUAAAGGGGAAAAGGUUCCUACUCGUACUAGAUGAUGUCUGGAAUGAAGAAUCGGUGAAGUGGGAUAACCUGAGAAAUUCUUUGCUUGAAAUUGGUGGUGACAAAGGAAGCUGUAUUCUGGUUACCACCCGUAAACAGGAAGUCAUUGAUGCCAUGAGAACUUCUGUAUUUUAUUGGCUGGGAAAAUUGUCAGAGGAUGAAAGUUAUGAACUGUUCAAGAAAAUAGCAUAUUCAGAUGGAGGAGUUUUAGAGACCGAGGCAUUGGCGACCUUGGGGAGAAGCAUGGUGAAAAGGUGUGGUGGCCUACCUCUGGCAAUAAAAGCAUUGGCGGGGUUGUUAUACUCGAAGAGGUCUGAGCAAGAAUGGUUGGAGAUCCAAAGCAGUGAAACAUGGCAAUCAAAAAGUGUAUUGCCUUCCUUGAAAUUAUCAUAUGAUAAUUUACCUUCUUUGUCAUUGAAACAAUGUUUUGCAUAUUGCUCUAUUAUGCCAAAGGAUUCAGUCAUUUAUAAGAAUGAACUGAUACAGAUAUGGAUGGCAUUAGGGUUCCUCCAGCCCCCAAGAAGAAGUAUCGCACUGAUGGAAGAUAUUGGCAGCGAAUACUUCAAGAUUCUGUUGGGGAAUUCUUUGUUACAAGAUGAAGAAAAGGAUGACUGUGGGAACAUCGUUUAUUGCAAGAUGCAUGAUCUAGUGCAUGAUCUUGCACUAGAAUUAUGUAAAGAUCACUCAGUAACUUUGAAGGCAGGUGAAGAGUUGAGUCAUGAUUGCAAGGCUUUAUACAUGAGGCUUGAUAAUGGGGUUUCAAAUAUCAAACAAACAAUUCUGAAGAGAGCCUUUGGGAGAGUACAAAUAUUAUAUGCCGGGGCAGAUAUCCUUCUUUAUUUGUUACCUUAUCUCACACACCUGAAAGUUUUGGUGUUAAAUGCGGAUGAUAAUCAGGUUGCCCAGGAGUUGCCAUCUUCGCUCCGCAAGAUGAAAUAUCUUAAACAUCUUGAUAUUUCACGCUGCCACUCUAGAUUGCCUACUGACAUCACAGAACUGUACAACUUGCAGACACUGAGAGUUCCAAACCUAUAUGAGGUUCCUAAAGGGUUUAGCAACUUGAUUAAUCUGAGACAUUUGUACAUGAACAGGACAUCUGGUAUAAGUUGCAUGUUUAAUCGGAUAGAAAGGCUGACUAGUCUACAAACGCUUCCUUACUUUGUUGUGAGUAAAGAUCAAAACUGUCUCGUUGGACAGCUGGGAGGGUUGAAAAAUCUUAGAGGUGAGGUUAGACUCUAUAGCCUUAACGAGGUGGCAAAUACCGAAGAAGCAAGAAAAGCAAAGCUUUAUGAGAAGUCCAGUAUUCAGUCUUUACAUUUGAACUGGAGCAAUGAAGACAAAAUGGAAGACAACGACCAGGAUGUGAUGGAAGGAUUGGAACCUCACCCAGAUCUGAAAACAUUAACGAUUGACGGUUUUAGAGGAAAGAAGUUUGCAUCUUGGAUUACAAUGAUGCUGAACUUGGUGAGUAUCAAAUUGCGAGGUUGCAACCAAUGUGAAGUACUUCCACCACUUGGUCACCUUCCCAAAUUAAGGGAGAUAGAGAUUACUGGGAUGGGAAAAGUUAGGGUUGUGGGAGAUGAUUUUUGGGGUGGCCAAAGUGUAUUUCCUCAACUUGAGAGGUUGCGAAUUGAGAAUUGUCCGAGGUUGAGAAAGAUAAUGCCCACUUGUUUUCCGUCAUUGAAACAACUCUACUUUGGGAAAUUGCCAAAUCUAGAAGAAUGGGAAGCAGCGGUUAUAAGUACAGGGGAUAGUUCUCGGAGUGGAUUUCCUAAACUUGAGAGUUUGGAAAUUUGGGAUUGUCCAAGGUUGAGAAAUAUCCGGUCAAGUUAUUUUCCAUCCUUAAAGAAGUCGAGAAUUGCUAUUUUCGAGAGUGACCUCUCUCACCUCUUUAUCCCUUUUGAGCAGUUUGGAAACUAUGAGCAGAGAUGGUAGCUCACUAACCUCUCUAUCGCUUUUGAGUAUCAGCAACGGACGAGGAGACUCAUCUUCUUUAUCUUCGAAACAAUUCUCUGUCUUUGACCGAAUUAGAGAUAAUUGACUGCAAGGGCUUAAAAUUUCUGGCCCUUGGUAUAAAUUUAGUUGAAAGGUCAGCUGGUCAGCUCCAGGCUUGAGUAUAUAUCUGAGAUUAGGCCCCUUCUCAGAUGAAUUGGAUUAUAUUCCGUGGCCAUUCUCUUCUUCUUCUAACCUAAUUCGGCCAGACCUUAUGGGUGGCAAAAGGUCAAGUCAUUUGCGCUCUUUGAGCAACACCUGUUCACCACCGCCUACCCUGCCUUCGCUCGCUUAUAUUUAGGAUUUUUCGAAGGAGUGAAAGCUCUUCCAGAUUCAAUAGCAAAACUUC